AUGCAAGCAAGACACCGGUGCAAGCAAGCAUGCAAGCAAGACACCGGUGCAUGCAAGCAAGACACCGGUGCAAGCAAGCAUGCAAGCAAGACACCGGUGCAAGCAAGCAUGCAAGCAAGACACCGGCGCAAGCAAGCAUGCAAGCAAGACACCGGCGCAAGCAAGCAAGCAAGCAAGACACCGGCGCAAGCAAGCAAGCAAGCAAGCAAGACACCGGCGCAAGCAAGCAAGCAAGCAAGACACCGGCGCAAGCAAGCAAGCAAGCAAGACACCGGCGCAAGCAAGCAAGCAAGCAAGACACCGGCGCAAGCAAGCAAGCAAGCAAGCAAGCAAGCAAGCAAGACACCGGCGCAAGCAAGCAAGCAAGCAAGCAAGACACCGGCGCAAGCAAGCAAGCAAGCAAGCAAGACACCGGCGCAAGCAAGCAAGCAAGCAAGACAUCGGCGCAAGCAAGCAAGACACCGGCGCAAGCAAGCAAGCAAGCAAGCAAGACACCGGCGCAAGCAAGCAAGCAAGCAAGACACCGGCGCAAGCAAGCAAGCAAGCAAGACACCGGCGCAAGCAAGCAAGCAAGCAAGACACCGGCGCAAGCAAGCAAGCAAGCAAGACACCGGCGCAAGCAAGCAAGCAAGCAAGACACCGGCGCAAGCAAGCAAGCAAGCAAGACACCGGCGCAAGCAAGCAAGACACCGGCGCAAGCAAGCAAGACACCGGCGCAAGCAAGCAAGACACCGGCGCAAGCAAGCAAGACACCGGCGCAAGCAAGCAAGACACCGGCGCAAGCAAGCAAGACACCGGCGCAAGCAAGCAAGACACCGGCGCAAGCAAGCAAGACACCGGCGCAAGCAAGCUAGACACCGGCGCAAGCAAGCUAGACACCGGCGCAAGCAAGCAAGACACCGGCGCAAGCAAGCAAGACACCGGCGCAAGCAAGCAAGACACCGGCGCAAGCAAGCAAGACACCGGCGCAAACAAGCAAGACACCGGCGCAAACAAGCAAGACACAGGCGCAAACAAGCAAGACACAGGCGCAAACAAGCAAGACACAGGCGCAAACAAGCAAGACACAGGCGCAAACAAGCAAGACACAGGCGCAAAUAA